ACAAGCUUGACAGGAAGGCGGCGAGUUAAAUAAAACCAGCUGCUGCAUUGGUUUCGUUAUCGCAACGUAAACAGAUCGCAGAUGGUGUUUUCUUUUUGUUGAUAUCACAAAAAUAGUUUUAAAUAAUUAAGAUCUAGAACACAACUUUUUAUUCUUUCUCAAGGUUUUGAUAUUCGAGUGGUAAUGCCAAACUUCUUUUUAGAACUUUGAAUGUCAAUAUCAAGGAUAUUAUUAUAAUUAGCCGCCGCUUUUUUCUUGUAUACGGACUUGACAUUGAAUUUAUGACAUUGAACAAACUUUAUUAAUAUCUAAGAAAAUGUCUGCUAGAACUCAGAAUCAUCCAAGCCUUCCUGUUGCUUUUCCUGCAAGAGAUGCCUUAUAUGUAUCAAAUUCUGAAAAAACAUUUGCAAAUGACGAGCUUUUGCCGAGUCUUCCAGUUCCAUCACUUGGUCAAACUAUGGAAAAAUAUUUGGAUUCAGUAAAAAGUCUCGUAACCCCAGAAGAAUACUUAAAAACUGUAGAAAUUGCACAUAAAUUUCAAACUGGAAUUGGAGAAGAAUUGCAUUCAAAGCUCUUAAAGAAAGCUGCCUCAGAGAGAAACUGGUUAGAAAAAUGGUGGGAGAAUGUGGCAUAUCUCUCCCAAAGAACACCUUUGGUACCUCUUUGCAGCAUGUGUGGUUUCACAAAUAUGGAGAAAAUAUGGCUUCCAACUGCUGGUUCACAACUGGAAAGAGCAGCUCUAUAUAUGCAUUUUUGUUUACAAUUUUGGAAAGUUCUCAGGGAGGAGCAUUUGAAACCUCACUCAUCUCGCAAUGUUCCAUGGACCAUGCACCAGUUUCGUAGGUACUACAAUACAGUGCGUAUUCCAGGUGAAGUUAUAGAUCGAUUGGAAUGUUAUUUUCAUACAGAAUUGGAAGAACCAAUGUCUCCGACUAAUCUCGUGAUAAUGCACAAUGGUCAUAUAUUUACUUUCGAUGCAGUGGAUGAAUAUGGAGACAUUUUAAGCCCACCUGAAUUGCAGCUUCAAUUCCAAAGGAUUAAAGAUUGGUGCAGUAAAAAUAGCCCUGGUGCAUCAGUCGGAGCUUUGACCUUAGCAGAUAGAUCCACUUGGGCAAAAAAUCGUGAAUGGUUGUUGAAAAUACAUCCAGAAAAUGUACUGCAUAUGGAAACCAUAGAAAAGGCUCUUACUGUAUUGACCUUGGAUGAUGCAGAACCCGCAGAUUUAACAGGUAUCUGUAGAGAAGCUUUAACAGGAGACCCAACCAACCGUUGGGUUGAUAAAUCAACUGUUAAUAUAGUUUUUAGCAAUGGGGCUUUUGGUCAGAUUUCUGAUCAUACUCCUUUUGAUGGCUUGGUACCUGUAGUUGCUAAUCAUUUUGUAUAUUCUUCAUUGGAUGAAUGUGGAGGAGUUUGGAAGGGCACCAAAACUGUUGGAAGAGAUCUUUUGCCUCCCAGAAGAUUAGAUUUUCAUUUGGAUGAUUACAUUAAAGUUGCUAUUGAAGAAUCUAAAAAGAUAUAUCAGGCAACAGUUACUGAUUGUGAAAUUGUAGUAGGUUGUUUUACUCAUUAUGGAAAAGCAUUUCUGAAGCCACACAAUUUUCACCCUGAAACCUAUGCUCAAUUUGCACUGCAGCUAGCAUACUUUACAAUGCAUGGGAGGCCAGCACCUACAUAUGUUACUGCAGCAACAAGACAAUUUUAUCAUGGAAGGACUGAAACCAUGAGAUCUUGUUUCCCUGAAGUUGUAGAAUGGGUUCAUGCUAUGAAAGAAGAUAAAAUAUCUUCUGGUGAGAAGCUCAAACUCAUGAAAGUUGCUGCUGAUAAAUUCAAGUCUUUAAUGAAAGACUGCACUGAAAACAGAGGAUGUGAUAGGCAUUUACUUGGUUUGUACAUGAUAGCAAUGGAAGCUGGAAUAGAUGUACCUGAGAUCUUUUUAGAUCCUUCAUGGAUUAAAAGUGGUGGAAGUGGAAAUUUUGUUCUCUCUACAAGUUGUGUUGGAUAUACACCACUUGGUGGUUGCGUAAUGCCCAUGACGGAAAAUGGUUAUGGAUCAUUUUAUAACAUUGAAGAUAAUAGAUUUACAUUCACUGUGUCGGCUUUCAACAGAUGUGCUGAAACUAAUGCUGCAAAGUUUUUCCAGCAUGUCGAGAAGGCUUUAAUAAAUAUGAAACAGUUAUUGGUAUCGGCUAAACUUUAAACCUUUAAGAACUUUGUACUUGGGGCAAGUACUCUUUUCAUGGUAUCUACUAUCUCCAACUUUUAUCCCAUUUUACUCAAACAAUUUUUACGCCUUAAAAACAAAGUAUGAUGAUAUUUCUUGCAUACUCGUUUAUUUUUAAUUAUUAUUAAAAAAAAAAAAGGAAAUUGUGCAAAGAUUUGUGAUAUGAACUCUUAAGGUUGAUGAAUUAUUCUUGCAAUUUGAAAUUUUAUUGUUUCUUAUUUAUAUAUUAAACUAUUUAUACAUGUUGUUUUUGUUGAAAUUAUGAAAAAUUUUUAGUGUUUAAAUCCUCUAAGCAUUCAAGUAUUUUCAUGUACUACAUUUAAGAUUUUAAAAAAUUGUUUUUAAGCCAAGUAAAUGGAAUCUUUUUGAAUUUAUUCUAUUCUCUAACAUUUAAAGAAUAUUUUAUCUGUAUAAUUUUAAGAAAAGAUAUGCAUGUAUUAUGUGCAUUUGAAAUGAGCAUAAAAGCUGAAAAAGAAUCCUAUUUGGUUGCUUAAAGGAGUAAAACAUACUUAAUUUACCAAAUUAUCCUACCUUAUUAGCACAAGAUAUUUACUGAUUAUAUCAGUAUUCUGGAAUACUGCAUAGUAUUGUGAGGAUAUCAUAACAAUAUUGUUGGGCAUUUUGAGUUGACAGGAUACUAUUGCAGAAUAAUGCCUUAACGUUUUAUUUUGUGAUUGUCCAGGUAAAAUUCGCCAAGUUCAAAAAUUGUGAUUUUGAGAUAUAUACUUCCUUGUAAUCCCCAAUUAAUACUCUGCAGUCUGGUAAAUGCUUUGAAUUUUCAUUGUUCAGAAAGAGCUGUCCAGAUUUCACUAUGCUCUGUAACCAUUUAAAUCUUGAAAUAAGAAUAAUUGAUAUUUAAUAAAUUUAUUCUCAGUGUGUAAAAAUCACUUAUUGAUUAAUAGUGUUAUGAAUGAAGUGUACAUUAUUCUCAAUGAUUUACAUAUCAUGAUCACUGGUGAAAAAAUAUACAGAUAAAAAGUAGUCAGAGAUACAUCAGCCUACAUUACCAUAUAAGAGUAAAAUAGACUGAAAUUUUCCCCUUCAGUGGUUUUAUUAUGAGAUUUUGAUAGGGAUUUCUUUGAGAUAUGUAGACUUAGGAAAGGGAUCUUGUGUAUCUUUGAAAGAAUAUUCUAAGUGUUAGGGAUUUUUAUAUCUUUCGCUCAAAGUGUGAGAAAAUGCUGAAAUUGUCAGUUUUAUAGGGCGUGUGUAGAAUUAAUUAAAUAAAAAGCGGGAAUUGGAUCAGGCAAUAAGAGAACAUUUUAGAAUGAAGUUAAUAUGGGUGAAAUUAAGAUAAAAAUUAGGAAAUUAAUUAGAAUUUAAAUUAGAUUAAGAAUUUGAAUUAAGGACUUAAAUUAGAUCAUUACACACACACACACGUGCAUGCAUGCAUGCACGCACACACACACACACAUUUAUAACUAUUCAAAAUUGAUAAUAGUUUAAAACUACAGAUUUGGACUUGGUGACUUUUACCUGAAUGACAACAUGACCAAAAUGUUGAUUUAUUUUACAUGUAUAUUGACAAAUAAAUGUUUGAUAUAUUAUAAAAUUAUUUUAUAAACUAUUUUCUAUAAUUUCAUAUCGUUAUUUGAAUAAGAAAGAUGUUAUAAGAUAUUCAACAUAUAAUGAAAAGAAAUAGGAUAUUGUUAAUGCACAAUUGUACUGAUAUUGCAUGUAUCAUGGAGAUUAUCUUGUUUUGAGAUUUAUUUUUGUGUGUAAAUAUAUAUCCUUAUAUGGUUUGUAUCCACUGAGAGAAUUUUUAUUUUUAUUUUCAAGAUACCGUUUUUUUUUAAAUAUUAAUUUUCUUUUAUUUUCUUAGUUGCAGUUGUAGAAAAUGUUGAUAGACUAUUUUAAAGGGAAUCUCUCAAAUAUUUAUUAUUUAUUUAUUAUUUUGUAAAUGGAAUCUUAUUACCCACAAAAGGGAUUUUAAAUUGGUUAUUUGUAUGACCUAGUUCUGAUAAGUUGGUGAGCUUGACACACUCGAAUGCUCGAAUUGCAGUUUUCAGAUUAUUUGAUAAGGAAUUUGUAUUUGAGGAGAUGGACAUGAAAAUCUUAUCCAGGUUGUAUUUUGCUUCUUCAUAUAUUCUUCCAAAUUUGACAAGAAUAUCCUUUAGUGAUAAAUUUGCCAUUUUCAUGUACUUUUUUCUCAUAAUGGUUAGAUUUUUUAGUUAUAAGAGUUAUAUUUUUCUGUAUAUUUUAAAAUUUCAUUUCAUUUAAAAAAAUAGAAAAAAAAAAUCAAAUGAUAAUAAUUUUUUUAUAUAUGAUUUAAUAAUUUUUUUUAUAUCCCCAGAAUUCCACCUUUUUAACACUAAAGCAGAUGCAAGAAAAUUUAUCACUAUUCUUAGUCUUAAAAAAAAUGCAAAUUUUUUAAUUAGAAUUUAGACCCCUACCAAAUUUUGAACGAACAACUAGAAGUCAUCUAUACUUUCAGAAACAUGUGAACUCAAAAACACAGUGACUUAAAUAUAUCAAGUUUGGCAUACAUGAUUUUGGGACUUAAGCGUAGUUUUAUGCCAAAUGUUUGUUUCAAUCGGUUGGGUAAAACACGUCUCAAACCCAAAUUCGAUUUUUGUAUACUUUUGACUGUAUGCCAAGGAUUAAUCGCCAAGAUCACACGAUAGAUUUGAUGAACAUGCUAAGUUCACACCAAAGAUUAAUAUUUCGUAACUAUUGUAUGCCAGUGCCAUGUGAGGCAUUUACUGGGAUAACAUCUUUAUUAGAGAGUAUGCAAGAAUGUUUUGGGAAGACCCUUCCUGCUUUUUUGGUAUAGGUUUUUGAGAGGCAUAGUAUAAUGGACGGAUCCUGGAUCAAAAAUCAAAUUAACUUCAUGUUUCAAAUGAAGAUUCCCAGCAGUGACCUUUCUAUUAUAUGCUUAUAUUCUAUGUUUAUUAUCCAUUGGUUGUUUUAUUGGGUAACUUACACAAUAUAAUUUUAGUUUUGGUUUUAUUUUUUGAUAUCCUUUAACUAAUAAAAUGUUUUUAAGAAAAACAUAUGAAAUUCAAAAGGGGUUGCCUUUUUAAGAUAGAAGAUAUAUCUAUUUAAUUUUAGUAAUUCUAUAAGGAUGUUACAACUUUCAAAAAUAAGUAUCAAAAACUGAUAUCUAAAUUGUUUUUGUAGUAAAAUUUUUUUCUCAAGUAAGUUUCAAGUGCUUGUAGUUAUUAUAUGGUACUUUAUCUCAUGAAUAAUUUUUGUGUAGUGUCUUGUAUUUUAUAAUCCAUUCUUAUGUUUCUGUAUUAAAUGAUUGAAAAAAAUAUUUAACAGAAAAAAUUAUUUAAAAAUGUACUCAAAUAUAUAA